AUGAAGAGGAUUGACAAGAACGAAGCAGAUGCAAGAGAAGAACAAAGAAGAAGACCUAAGCAGGUGAAAGAGAAGGACAGAGAAGAAGAACGUGAAGAAGGGUUUGGGGGUGAAACAAAAGGACAAAAAGCCAAAGAGUCAUGGGCUAAGGGUGGUGAUGAGAAUAGUGCCAUUUUUUACAAGAGUAUCCGAGCUAGAGUUCUGCAGAAUUCAGUGUAUGCCAUACAUGACAUGGAGGGGAAUUGGGUUUGUGAUGAACAAUCAGUGGUUAAUGCUUUCUUGCAAUACUAUCAGAAGCUCCUGGGUUCAAAAACUACUCAUAGGAGUUGCAUUAUGCCAGAAGUAGUUGCAGCUGGACCUGUUUUAACUCUUGUGCAAGGUCAGCAAUUGAUUACCCAAGUUACUGGGGAUGAGGUGAAGGUUGCCAUGUUCUCCAUUAAUGGUGACAAAGCACCUGGACCUGAUGGUUUUGGGAGCCUUUUUAUUAAGGAGAAUUGGCACAUUGUGAGUGGGGAUGUUACUAAAGCUGUUCUGGACUUUUUUAAGACUGGGAAGUUGCUGAAGGAGAUUAACUCCACCACCAUUACUUUGAUCCCAAAAACUAAGUGUCCUUCCAAUGUCACUGAGUUUAGACCGAUUUCAUGCUGUAAUGUAAUUUAUAAGUGCAUAACGAAGAUUCUGUGUGAAAGAAUGAAGGUGGUGUUACCUGAGUUGAUUGCUGAGAAUCAGGGGGCUUUUGUUCAUGGUAGAUUCAUCAUGCACAAUAUCAUGAUCUGCCAAGAGGUUGUGAGACAGUAUGGGAGGAAGAAUGCUUCACCUAGCUGUUUAAUCAAGUUAGAUAUGCAGAAAGCAUAUGACACAAUUGAGUGGGGUUUUCUGGAGGAGAUGCUUCUUGCUUUGGGGUUUCCUGCUCAAUUUAUUAAAUGGAUUCUGGGUGAUUCCCAAUCUAUUCUCAUGAUGCUUCAGAGUUUUAAAAUUUUCUCUGAUACUUCUGGUCUGAAAGCUAAUGUUCAAAAGUCAGCUAUUUAUGCUGCUGGCGUGAAAUAA